UUUUAAGUUUCAGACUGUCUUUUUGUUCCGUUUAGAUAACCAGACGACCAAGAUCAUUGUAGCUGCCAUUGUUAUGUCGUGUUUAUUUGCUGUGGCUUUGAUGUUCGCCAUUGUGUACUACUGCCGACGUAAAAAAUACAAACCUUUUAGGCCUGUAAACCCUCUGACAGAUCUGAAAUUCGAGUUUGACGCAUUCAUUAUAUACAGUUCCCAUGACUCAGCGUGGGUGGAAAAAACCCUUCUUCCAACUCUUGAGGGAAAGCAUGGGUUGAAGUGCUGUGUACACUACAGAGAUUUUACUCUUGGAAUACCCAUUCGGAAAAAUAUGGUUGACAGCGUUUACAUGAGCAAGAAAACGGUGGCUGUUGUCUCCACUAAUUUCUUCACUAGUAACUAUUGCGGAAGUGAGCUGGAUUACGCCCUCCACAGACUCAUGGAAAAAAAGGAUGAUAGCUUAGUUGUAAUCAAACUUGAUGACGUUGACCGAAAUAGACUGCCGAAGGAAUUACAAAACAGGAGUUACAUAGACUAUACAAAGUCAAGAGAAAAGGAAACUUGGGAGAAAAAAUUGAUUAAAUGUUUAAAGGUCACCAGCUAACUAGGAAAUUACGAUCGAGCCUACAGCAGCCUGCAUCAUCACGGAAAGCCGAUUUUCAGUACGUAACAAGAACAACGACUUUGACCUGCAUUAUAACGAAUAAAUAUGUUACAAUCA